UCUUAUCUUUUCAGCGGAAUCUCAAAGCUUUCAUCAUCUCCCCUGAACCGAAGGAUCUGUUUCUCCUCGACGACUCCUCCUCCUUACCUGCUACUCGGGAGUCGGGAGAGAUGUGUUAAGAAAAUCUCCUUGCGGCUUCAACUUGUACGACCCGACAAAAGAAGAGCAUGUGAAGAUGGAGAAUCAGAUUCUGGCCAAGGAUCUCUUCCAUAAAUCCUCAAGUAUAAUAGGAUUCAUCAAGAGGAUGGCUAGCUAUGAUGAACAAACAAGAUUAUACACAGUUCGUCUCACCAACAUCUUCAACAACAACCCUUCAAAGACAAUCACCUUACCUUCCUUAAUCAUAGACCAAACUGAACACCUCCGCAAUGUCUCUGUCUCCGACGAUUGUGUUGUCGCCGCUAGGUUUUACGGUUCUAGGGUGAUCCUUUGUGGACUUGGUGACUCGGAGUGGACUCGCAUCGACGUACCUUGCCCUGCCUUCCGUUUAUCUCCCGUCAUGUAUUCAGACCGAGACAGUAAGUUCUACUUGAACAGUAUCAGCUCUGACUACACCGGUCCGGCGGUCCGACCGAUUUCACCUCUAAAUCCAAAUCCGGUCUAGUCUCUCUGGGGAGUGGCUAGUAGUUCAGUCUCUUUACGGAGAGUCCUUCAUUGUUAUUUGGCAUUAUUUUUAUCCCAAAUUCCUCUG